GAGCGGUUAUUUUAUCUUGAAAAUCACAAGCAACAAUGAAUUUAAUUGUUUACUUGCGUUUGACGUAAGCAAUGCCGAUGCGUACUGCAACACCGACAUCGAAAGUACAAACCCGAAUCCUAUAAUCUAAGUCACGUGAAUGCUUGUGAUCUGUCAAAAGCAUUUUUAUGAUCAUGUUCAAAAUGUUGUUUGGAAUUUCCAGUGACGAUGAUAUACUGAAACGUGACCAUGAAUCACUUGAUUGACAAAUUGGAACAGGAGUGAAAUUCUGUUAUCUGUGAAAUGGAUUCUCACCUUCCACUAAGUAUGGACAACACUCCAGCUUUGGAGAAAACAACAAAAUAUGUUUAUGCUGAACAUGGAAGCUGUCUCCAGAAAGCGUUUUACACAGCAUGGACCAAUAAGGAAUACUGUGACAUCACAUUGAGGGUUGGAAGGGACAGCAUACAAACCCAUCGUCUUAUACUUACCUCACUCUCUGAAUACUUUAAAACCCUUCUUCAUAUGGAUGUAAAUGGCAAAAAAGAUGAAGCAGAGCUGCAUGAAGUGGAAUUUGAUUCUUUGUGUCAAAUCCUGUCAUUCGGUUAUACUGGAAAAAUUGAAAUUUCAAUGGAAAAUGUUGCUGCCUUAUUUAUAGCCUCAUCGUACCUGCAGGUGGUUUUCGUGAAGGAUUCCUGUGAGAAAUUCUUGCUGGACAAUAUGGACAAAGACAACUGCAUAAGAGCCUGGUGCCUUGCUGACCAGUACACUGCAUUAGCACUUGGCAAGAAAGCCGUCCAAAUGUUUUCACAGGAGUUUGAGUACAUCAGUAGCACAGAGGACUUUACUGGAAUGCUGACUGUGAGAAUGUUCCAGGGGAUGUUGGAACAGGAGGGACUGGUCAUUUCCAAAGAUGGGGUCAUUUUACCACCUGCAGGACAAGAGAUUCUCCUGCUGAAAGGAAUACUUCACUAUAUUAACAGAACAAACUGUUGUAUUGAGGAUGCUGUGUCUUUGCUGAAAGCUGUAAGACUUCCUCUUAUUGACUGUGCACUAGUCAGUGAGUACCUUUCAAUGUAUCCUAAAAUAUACCAAAAUGAAACUGUACAAAGUCUCAUGGAUACUAUGAAGACCUUUGAGAAAAGUUCGAAACCUAGUCAAGAAACCAACAGAAACUGGCUUUCACCUCGGAGACCUAAGAUUAAUGGAUUAAGAUACAACUCAAUGACAUAUGGAGUAGGUGGGGAGGAUGGUGUACACUUUUUCUUGAGAAGCCACUUUGGUAUACCAAGACCAAGUAAAGAAGCAUUUGUCACUUCAGUUGAUGUCCAUCUGAGAUUUUGGUCACAACAUCCAUUAAAAGACCCAAUUGUUGGAGGUUUAACCUUCAAAUAUUCAGACAACACUGUCCUACAAGGUGGAUUGCCUGCUGAUUCACAAUACUGUAGCAAAGUUGAGAGCUUUGUCUUGGAGGAUUGUGAGUACAUUACGAAGGUUGUCAUGAAGACUGGCUGGAUGAUAGACAACAUUAAAUUUGAAACCAAUUUUGGGAAGAGUUAUGGCCCCUGGGGAGGUACAGGUGGAAGUGAACGCAUAUGUGUUGCACCAUAUGGAACAGUUGGAAUUCUGCACAGUUUUGCUGGUAUUGACAUAAAUUCUGGUGGGAGUUCUGCUGUGCACAGAGUUCGUCUCGGCUGGGCAACACUGGAUAACACUGAGGAGGAACUUGACAUGAAUGACCUGGAUAGAAAUAUGAGAUUGAGGCCACAAAGUGAUGAUGAGGAUGAAGAUGAAAUCUAUGUGGACACUGAUAGUGAUCAAUAUGAAAAUCCUUCUGAUAUUGAGUGAGCAAACAUGGAUUUAAUUACAUUAGAUAUAUACUCUGUUGUACUUUGUGAACAGGGAUAUGAUAUGAACUGUAACUAAAGCAGUAUGUGACAGUACAAUAGCAUUAGGUGAUUUUUGUCGACAUUUACUCAGAACUUUUAUGCAUAGCACUUUGAAGAGAUGAGAGAGUAAAUCUGAUUCAGAGUCUCAAUAUUGUUAAUUUGCAUAUGAAGGCAGACAUUAGCAAAUUGAUAAAAAUACAUUCAGAUAUAUCUCCUCAUUCUAUUGUUGAAGUGACAAUCUAUAAUAGUGGACUUAUCCUUCUUUAUACGAUGUAUAUAUUGUAUGAAUUUGAAUAUAUCUAAUCACUGAACUUCUUUCAGUUGACAUUCAUGGGCCAUAUGAAUGCAUCUGGAUAAGUCAAAUUCUGUGAUGCAUGUAUUGACUUGUCAAUGAUUAUAUUUAUCAUUUUUAAUUUUUUUUGUUUAAGGGAAGGAAACCUCAGUUUGUUUAUAUUGGUAAUGCUUACAAUAUUCUUACCAGGUUGGUUUGCAGUUCAUGAGCUGGUGAUACACAACUGACUUUGGUAAAGUUACACUUUAGCAAUGCUAUACUAUAUGGUAUAUAACAUCUACAAAUUAUGCAGAAUACACAUUUUCAGUAUGAUUUACUUUACAAUACAGUGUCAUUUUAUUUAGAGAAAGGUAUUGCUAUUACAAUGCAAGGUGAUGAAAGCUAACAGCAGGAAUGAAGAGAAGUUGAAGUAGAAGUGGUAGAGAGCUUCACAUAUCUGGGAGCCAAUAUGACAAAGGACGGAAGAGGAAGAGCGGACGCUAAAAAGAGAAUAGCCUUUGGAAGUGGACAGUUCAAACGGCUAUCGAACCUCUGGCAAGCUCGAAACAUUAACAGAAAGGUCAAAGUCUCCCUUUUUAAGAGCCUCAUACUAUCGGUGUUGCUCUAUGGGUGUGUGACUUGGAAUUUAACAAGGGAGAGGAAGGAAAAUUAGAUAUCUUUCAAAAAAAGUGUCUGAGAAGGAUCUUCAGGAUUCGAUGGGAGCAGCACAUCUCGAAUAAGACAGUUCUGGAGAUAGCAGGGACAGUGAAGAUAAGCCAGGAGGUAAGAAGAAGGAGAUGGAGCUGGAUUGGACAUGUCUUGAGAAAGGAUCAACGGGAUGACUGUGCUAACUUGGCGAAGAAUGGUGGAGGUGGAGCGGAAUGGUGCCUAAGAUCGAACAUUGGUGAAGGGAUGUCCAAGCCUUGUGUGCCUCCUGGCACAGAGAGACUUAAGGUAAAAGACAUGGUACAUGGUGACCUACUAUUGGUUGUGUACUGUAAUACUUUAUAGUAAGAACUGAGAACUUAUUAGCUCACAUCGCAAUGAAGAAUGAUGUAUUGCUGCACAUUACCAUAGCAAUAUACAGUAUGUUUAUGUUAACUCAAAUCAAAUAUAGGGUAAUGAAUUGCGACACAUCACCAUAGCAACAUACAGAAUAUAAGCUCACAAUACAAUGUAGUGUAAGGUAUUGCUAUACAAAUGCCAUGUAGAGACAGAUCUAUGUUGCUAAAUGAUACUGUAUUGUAUUCCAAAUAUUACCAUAGCAAUACAUUGUUAUAAACACAGUAAAGAGGGUUGUUUUUCUGUAUAAUUCAUCAUACUAUGUAGAUCAGUGUAUUGUGAUAUGAUUCAAAGUGUUGGAUCUAUCCAGUCAUUGGAGGAAUUUGAACGCCACGACAAAAGCAGUUUGAUUUUUUAAUGGUUGUAUGGAUUGUUUUUUGACGGAGUGUUGUUGUAUUUGUCUGUUAUAUACAAAAUUUAGUAAUGCAUGAUGUAAGAAAGACACAGGAACACAUCUGUGAUGUAAUACAUUAAACUGUGUAUCUGAUAUAUCAA